AUGUCCAUGGACUCUCAUGUUGACAAGACUGACCCAGGAGGCGUCUCUGAGCUCGGGUCCGACGGAUCCUGGGUGUGGCGGCAGCUACUCGCAUCGGGGACACCUACCAAUCUAGUUGCCGCCAUUGUCAGCUUUGUCCUCAUCUUCUUUGUCACGGAUACACUGCGAUCAUGGUACCGUCUUUCCCAUGUACCGGGGCCGUUUUGGGCUGGUUUCUCAAAGUAUUGGAUGGUGAGACAGUCCUUCAAGGGAUCACAGCCUUAUGCCAUAUAUGAGGCAAACCAAAAGUACGGCUCGCUUGUCCGUAUCGGCCCAAAUGAGUUGGCCACAGACGACCCCCAGGUUCUUCGAAAAAUGAUGGCCAUCCGCUCUACUUAUACCAGAGGACCUUGGUACAAUGCUCUCCGCUUCGAAGCUGGAAAAGACAAUCUAUUCUCUAUGCGCGACGAGGAUGCCCACACGAAGCUGCGCAACAAGAUGGCAGCCGGCUACUCUGGCAAGGAAAACGAAUCCAUGGAGCGUACCGUCGAUCAGCAUAUCUCACGCCUCGUUGAUCUAAUCGAAACCAAGUACCUCUCUGGGCCUCAUAACUAUCGCCCUGUCGACUUCGCUCAGAAGAUCCAGUACUUUACCCUCGAUGUCAUCAGUGACUUGGCUUUCGGGGAGCCCUUUGGCUAUGUCGAACAGGACCAGGACAUAUAUGACUUCAUCAAGAUCACUCGUGAUUUUUUUCCCGUCGCCCUAAUCAUGGCCAAUAUACCUGCCAUUGUGUCGCUUCUACAUUCGCGUCUGUUACGAGGUUUUCUCCCAAAAGAGAGUGACAGGAUUGGUUUCGGUGCCUUUAUUGGUGUCGCAAACAGGAAGGUUGCAGAACGCUUCGGCCCAAAUGCCGUUCCUCAGCCCGACAUGCUCGGGUCCUUUAUCCGCCACGGUCUCGACCAGAAAGAGGCCUCGCGAGAGUCGUUACUCAACGUCGUCGCCGGAAGCGACACCUCGGCAACCACGAUCCGCGUCAUGAUGCUCAGCCUACUCAGCAACCCCAGUGCUUAUUACAAGCUGCAGCGUGAGAUCGAUGACGGCAUCAAGGCCGGAAUCAUCUCGUCACCCAUCACGGACGCUGAGGGCCGCAAGCUGCCCUACCUCCAGGCUGCCAUCAAGGAAGGACUCCGCAUGAAAGCCCCCGCUGCCGGUCCGCUCUUCAAGGUUGUUCCCCCAGAGGGCGAUGUCAUCGACGGGAAAUUCAUCCCCGGGGGCACCCAGAUUGGCACUUCGCCAUUUGGCGUAUACCACUCGAAAAAGGUGUUUGGUGAGGAUGCCGACAUUUUUCUGCCUGAGCGCUGGCUGGAUGCAGAUGAGCAGCAGUUCGCCACCAUGUCCAGUGUUCUCGACCUCGUCUUCUCUGUCGGCAAAUACCAGUGUCUUGGAAAGCCAGUGGCUUUUAUGGAGCUGAAUAAAAUCUUUGUUGAGCUCAUGAGGCGCUUCGAUUUCUCCAUUACCCGUCCCGAACUCCCCAUGCGCAUUGCCAAUGCCGGAAUCUGGAUUAUUGAGGACUUCCCAGUGAGAAUCUCGCGACGUGAAUUCGCAUAUUAA